CACCAUGGACACUUCGAGUACAAAAGGUCUGAGAUGGCAGCCUCAUUCUGAAAGCUUAAACUGCAUCAACCAUCACAUCUCAUUCACUCUUUACUCACUACAAUCUUUCAAACUUACAACUUUGAGUUAAUACCUUAAUCCUUCAACAUGAAGCUGAACUUCCUCCUCGCUGCUGCUCUGGCCACCUGCGCCAUGGCUGCUUCCAGCACCACUGAGACCAGCACCAAGACUGAGCAUCACUCUACCACCACCAAGACCGACACCGCCAAGGCCAGCGCCACCUCUUCUCACUCCACCUCCAAGUCCAAGGGCGCUGCUGCUCCUACCAUGGGUGCUGAUAUCCUCGGAAUGGCUGGCAUUGCUGGUAUUGCCGUUGCCAUGGCUAUCUAAGCGCACAUUCCCUAUUGUACACUUCGACUGUUCAUAGUCUCUUGUGGGGUUUGGAUCACUGUAUUUGCAUUCCUAGAUUAGCAUCGAUUGAAGCGAGCCUUACCUUCUCAUCUCUAUGAGUUGAGCUUGGUACUUAAUUGACCUAUAUCACCCUUGUAUCUUGUCA